ACCAUGCAUAUUCGAAGUCACACUGGAGAGAAACCAUAUCAAUGUGAUCGGUGUAAAAAGCAAUUUACCCAAAAGUGUAAUCUCAAUUCGCAUAUUUGAAGUCACACCGGAGAAAAACCAUAUCAAUGCGAUCGGUGCAAGAAGCGAUUUACCAAAGAACCCAUCUUACUUUGCAUAUUCGAAGGCACACUGAAGAAAAACCAUAUCAAUGUGAUCAUUGUAAGAAGCAAUUUAUUCGUAAGGAUUACCUCACUUCACACAUUCGAAUUCAUACUGGAGAAAAACCAUUUCAAUGUGAUCAAUGUAAGAAGAGAUUUAUCCAUAGAAAUACUCUCCAUUUGCAUAUGAGGACUCAUAAGGACAGUCGGUUCCACUAUUCAGGUUGUCACCGUGGAUUUACACAACAUAUUGAAAAAGAAUCACAUGAAAAGGAGUGUAAACGACGUCGAUAUGAGUGCUAUCUUUGCAACAGAGUUGAAAAUAAGAAAAAGUAUGUUACUAUUUCAAAGACAACACUAGAAGGACAUAUGAGAAUACAUACUGGAGAAAGACCAUAUCAAUGUGAUCAUUGUGAGAAGCGAUUUAGCACAUCGAGUGAUCUAAAUAAACAUAUUCGAAUUCACACUGGAGCGAAACCAUAUCAAUGUAAUCGGUGUAAGAAGCGAUUUAGCCAAAUAGGUAAUCUCAAUUCGCAUAUGAAGACUCAUUAUUUGUCAUAA